AUGGGCUCCGCCACCAUCGCCGCGAGCUUCCUCCUCUUUCUGGUGUUUCAGCUCCCAGGGCAAACCAGAGCGAACCCCGUGUAUGGCUCUGUGUCCAACGCAGACCUGAUGGAUUUCAAGAACUUGCUGGACCAUUUGGAGGACAAGAUGCCUUUAGAAGAAGAGGCUGUGCCCCAACAAGUACUAAGUGAGCAGCAUGAGGAAGCUGGGGUCCCUCUCAGCCCCCUUUCUGAGGUGCCUUCCUGGACCGGGGAGGUCAACCCGGCCCAGAGAGAUGGGGGUGCCCUUGGGCGGGGCCCCUGGGAAUCCUCCGAUAGAUCUGCCCUCCUGAAGAGCAAGCUGAGGGCACUGCUCGCUGCCCCUCGGAGCCUGCGGAGGUCCAGCUGCUUCGGGGGAAGGAUGGACAGGAUUGGCGCCCAGAGCGGGCUGGGCUGCAACAGCUUCCGGAUUCUACGACACUCCUCCGACAACCCUCCACCUUCGCUUCCCCACGCCCUUAUUCACGCUGUUCCUUCCACCUAG